GUCUUUCCCGCCAUGUCGUUUGUGGAGAGCGGGCGGCGCUCCGCUCCUCUGCGCCGACGCCUCGGCACCCCUGUUCCGUUUGCUCGGCCGGCUUUUACCGCCUUCACUCAGGGGGACAGUUGGGGUGAAGGUGAAGGGGACGAGGAGGACGGAUGCGACCAAGUGGCCCGCGACCUGCGGGCGGAGUUUUCAGCCGGGGCGUCGUCGGAGCCUAGAAAGGGCUCGCUACUCCAGCGGGACAGGGACGGGUCGCCGGUUCUGCCCGAUAAGCGCAAUGGCAUUUUCUCAACGGUUGCGGGCGGACGAGCCCAGGCCCGGCGGUGGCCUGUCCAGAUCCUCUCAAUUCUCUGUUCGCUGCUGUUCGCCAUCCUCCUCGCCUUCCUCCUCGCCAUCGCCUACUUGAUCGUAAAAGAGUUACAUGCUGAAAAUUUGAAGACUGAAGACGUAGACACUGGGCUACUAGGAAUGGGAGUGAAAUUGCUACAUGCUGAGCUGCAGGUGAACAGGCAGUUGGGUAGAGACCUUUAUCAGGUGGCACUGGAAGGGGAGGAAAGAAUGCUUUCAUCUGCUCCUGUAUUUGGAAAUAAUAAGUUUGAAGAUCAAAGGCUAUCUAGCUUUCUGUCUUAACAUGCAGAGACACACGUUGGUUAAGGGAUUUGAAGACUUGAGCUAUCGGUAGACUGUGUUGAAUUUUAGAGAAAAUACUAAAUUAUUUAAAAUGUUUUCGCCCUCCUAAGUUAGAAAACUAUAGAAUCUGAUAAAGUUGCAAAACUUUGCUUAACAUUUAAAAAUAGUUGAUUAAUUUUAGGCAUGAGUACAUCUAAGGUUUUAGUAACCGGCUAUAGUUUUUACAAUUUUUAAAAUUACCUAAAUACUAAUUUUAAUUUUUAAUUUCAUAAGUUAUAGAAAUAAUAUAGUCUCACUUGGAAAGAAAUUCCAACAAUUAAAGCAAAGAUUCCCACUAAUGUACUUGUAAAUUUUUUCAGAUCUUUUUCUAUUCAUUUAUAUGUAUGGGAUCAUUCAAAAUGUGAUUUUGUCAUUGUCAUAGAAAGAACAUAAUUGCAAUCAUGCAGCUUUAUUAAAAUGUCUUGGAGAUUAAUCUGUAUCUUUAUAUAUAGUUCUACCUCAUUCUUUUUUGUUACUGCACCGUAGUAUUUCAUAGUAUACAAUUUUAUCUAAAAUUUUCAAAUUGUCGGAAGCUCUGAAAUAGGACUUGGACAUUAUCAGCAUGCUGUGACGUUUACUCAUUCAUUGUUUGCUUAUGGCACAAAUAAGUUUUUAUGAAUAAUGUAUUUGCAUAACAGUGUUUUAAUAAAUUUUUCCCAAUAUCGGAUCACGGGAGGUGUUUUGUUUGUUUGUUUUUCUAGUUGUUUCUGUUUACAUUAUAAUGUGCAAACUAUUGCCUUCACAUAUCUGAUUUCAUAAAGCUUCUGAAAGUCACCUCAUCCCUGUAAGCCUGAAAGUGCUAAAUAAAAUAUUUAAAACAUACAAUAAUCUUUCUUUGUUGGCAGCUUUUAUAGAAAUACAGAACUGCCAGCAUAUUUUUAGAGUAGUAACUGCACUUUGACGCCAAAAUCAUUUAUUUUAAAAAGUGAGCCAAAACAAAAUAUACCAUGAGAUAAGUGAAUAUAAAACUCCAGCAAAAAGAUGGGGAUAGGAAUUUUCCACCUACCCCCAUCUUUGCUUUAGGUAAAAACAUUGAAGCCCAGACGUUUCAAUUGGUGGAAAGAUGAAUUUCCAUCAACUGAUGAAAAUUGAACUAUAGAUAAGAACAAAGGAUGUAUGUAUUUAUUUAAAGGCCUGUAUCCUUUGAUACACCAGUUCUUUGGAAAUUUGUUAGAGAUAUCCUUGUAUAACUGUAUAGUUUAAGGAUAUUACUUGCAACAUAGUUUUUAAUAGUGGAAUAAUAAAAAUAUGUAAUAGAACUGUAGCUAUGUGUACUGAUAUGAAAGGUCUCCAACAUUGUUAUGUGAGAAAAGCAAAGUGCAGGACAGCUUUUCUGGUGAGAAUCCUAUUUGUGGAAAAUGGAAUCUACAUGUAUUGUAUAUUGUACAUAACUAGCUCCAUAUAUAUAUAUUUACAUUACGUAGAAAACUAUAACUUAGAAAAGAUGCACAACCUAGCUGAUUGCUUUUAGGAGUGGAAUUGGUGAAUUGAGGUAGGAAGACUCUAACUUAGUUUUUAUAUGCUUUUGUACUUUUUAAAAAUUAUGUUAACUUUUGGUAAAAUGGGUUUACGUAACAUCAGUUGUCAAGUUUUUAGCAUGAGGGGUUCUGGAGGAAGGGACUUGGUGCAGAUUUAGUUGUGUAGUUACCAACUUGUGUGGAUUUUCUGCUUGUUCAUAAACAAAUUGAGUCAUUUUCUGAAGUAUAAGCACUUGUAGACCAUAAUAUUGCAAUGUACUUUUUUAGGCAUAUCAUUAUGAAUUGGCUUUUGUCAGUGAUGUAACUCUUGAUUCGUUCAAAGUGAGUAUAAAGUAAAACUACGCAAGGUGAGGUAAGCACUUAGGUUGUAGAAUAGUGGUCAGUUUUGAAAACUGAAGAAUAUUCUUAUAUUAAUUUUGACGAGUGUUCUAUUUCACUUGAGUGAAAAGGCUUGAUGGGCUUUAGAGAGCCUCACAUUUUAUUACUUUUUUACCUGUUAUUUUGUGUCCUUCUCACAUUUUUUAGAUAUUUAGAAGUUUCCAUUAUUCUACAACAGUCCCCAGAUAGUUGAAUUUUCAUAAUUACUGUCUUUGUUCUGCAGACUUUAUGUAUUGUAAGAUGUUAAACUUAGUGUAAACCUGUCAGUUGUUUUAUCCCCCUUAGCAGUAUUCAUCUAAAUAAUAACAAGUAGUAGCUAUUUGGCAGAAUAACCAUCCUUAAGUUGUAGCUGUGUGUACAGCUAUAAGUAAUCUUAUAAUUUUUAUUUUGGUCUUCUAUCUCACUGGGUUGGCAGGAAGAUUAUACCUCAGUCUUUGCUAAGGUUCUGUCUACCCAGUCCUAGGUUCAGUUAAGGUUCUAAAGUCUGACACUGUGCCAGGACGUUGGGGUGGGAUGCAAUCUAGUCCUCAAAGCAUUUGCUCAAAUGAGUUACUGCAGAAGCAUCUUACUUUCUGGUCAGGAUGGCCUUUCAGAUGUAGCACUUUUUUUUUUUUUUUAAUUUUUUUAUUUAUUUUUGAGAGAGAGAGUGAGUGUGAGCGGAGGAGGAACAGAGAGAGAGGGAGACACAGAAUCUGAAGCAGGCUCCAGGCUGUGUUCUGUCAGCACAGAGCCCAACACCGGGCUCUAACUUGGAAACCUCCAGUUCAUGACCUGAGCCGAAGUCGGACAGUUAACCAACUGAGCCACCCAGGUGCUCCUCAGAUGUAGCACUUUUGUAGCCACAUGACCAUCUGCUGUUUCUGUGCCCCACUUAGGAGAGAGACAUCUGCAGGCUUGGCUCUGGAUCCAUCUGCCAAGCUGCUGUAUAUAGCUACAAUCCCUCUGUGGUGGUGUGUGGCCUCCUCUCCUGGCUCUGCCAGGAAGUGCCAGCAGUACUAUCUCCUGUCCGUACACGCACACACACCACUUUCUUCAAACCAGGAGAGUCUUCCUCACCUGUGCAUAAAGCCCUCUCUCUCUCCCUGUUCUACACAAAGGUUUUGUCUAUACCCGAUCAACUCAUCUUUGCUGUCUAUUCCAGACAUUUUGUGUUUGUCUACCCUCUUGCUUAUAUUUAUCCUCCUAGUUCCCUGAAUCAUUUUGCAACAUAAAAACCAAAGAGACACUGAGGCUGUUUCUCUUUGUCACAUCUUUCUGUGGCAGUGAACACACAGUUCCUUAUCUCCUUAAAAGGGGGGUAAAGGAAAGGGAACUAGUGAGAAAAGAUUAAGGUUAAUCUUUCAAAAAUACUUUGCCACAGUAUUUAAUACUUCAUUUCUCUGAGUUUGUCUUUUAGCAGUUUUAUCGGACUGUUACCGGACUUCGUAUGGUUUAUAAACAGUCCAGCGCACGUAUUUCUUAACCACUUCUUGCCAGAAGGCAUCUUAGUUGUGCAUUUUGUGCAGCCAGGAAAUUGGUAGUUCAUAUAUCAUUCUCAACCAUAGUCUUCACAGCCUUUCCUCCCUCCCUAUACUACCUCAGUAGGUACAGCCCGGCACACACAAUCAGUAGUGGUAGCUUAAUAAACUCUCUUAAGGAGGCAGUUUGAGUAUGUGUCUAAAAACCUUCAAAUUAAUUUAUUCCCUCUACUGUUGCUUUGUUCAUUCCCCCCAUUCUUCCAUUUCUCAACCUUUUCCCCCUUCCUUGAGUUGAAGAUAAUACCAUGCUUUUGACUUAAGAAUUCUUUGAGAAAAUCUUCCAGUCUUCCCCUCUGAAAAUAAAAUUUAGGAUCCCAACUCAUUUGUAAAUUGUGAGUUAACUUUUGUCCAUAUACUGAGAAAAUUGAAUCAGCUUAGGUUAAUAAUGUUUGUAGGAAAGGUAUAAAGAGUAUACACUGUAAAAUUCUUACGUCAAAAAUGCAUAGUAUGGAAAGAAAAGAAACACUUAUUGUAGGUAAUAAAAGAUAGCAAGCUGUGAUUCAUAGAGUUAAAUGAAAAAUGUCAAGACAUUUUAACAGUGAAGUAUUUUAACUAUUUCUAUAGUCCAAUUUUGCAAAACUGGAGAUAUAUUAAGUUGAAUUUGUACUCUUUUCCACAUAUUAAAUGGUAAUUGAAAUACCAAACUAUUAAAUUAUUUACAUUUUUAAUUUUAUAUUUUAUUCAAUUAUAAUUUAAAUAUUGAAUGAUAUGACUUCUAAUUGUGCUUUAGUAUUUUACACUUUACAUGGUUUAGCUUGUACUAAGCUCAAAUCUCUUGUAUCACCUACACGCAAUUCAGAAGUUCAGAAAUACACAUGAUCUUCUGAACAUGAAGAUACUGGUUUAAUUUAAAUUGCUUUGCUGUUAAUAAUUAAAGUUUUCUUCCUCUU